UAAGAGUACUGAAAGCAUGGCGCUUCGUCUGGAGUUCUGGCAAAAAGCAACUCUUCUUCUUUGUCUUUAUGGAUUCUUCAAAGAAAUGAAGCCUUCUGAGCCAUUCUUGACUCCUUAUCUCAAAGCACCUCCGAAAAACUUCACCGACAAACAGCUCGAAAACGAAGUAUAUCCUGUGUGGACGUACUCCUAUCUCGUAGCUCUAUUAUUGGUUUUUCUUUUCACUGAUGUUUUAAGGUACAAGCCUGUCAUCGUUGUCGAAGGUUUGGCGUAUUUGACAACGAGGGUUUUAUUAAUAUGGGCGACAAGUGUGCGUGCAAUGCAGUUCAUGGAGACUGCUUAUGGUGUAGCUACAGGAGCAGAGGUUGCUUAUUACUCGUAUAUAUACGCAGUUGUAGAGGCAGAGCAUUAUCUUCGAGUUACUGGCUUUACGAGAGCAGCAGUGCUGGCUGGUAGGAUGAUGUCUGGGGUGGUAGGUCAACUGCUCAUCUCACUCAGUGUUACAGAUUACCUCACAUUGAACUAUAUUUCCAUGACAAGUGUUUGUAUUGCACUGGUUAUUACCUUCAUCUUGCCAUCAGCAAGCGGAAACGUGUUCGGUAUUGUCAAACCUGGAGAAAAUCAAAGUGAAGUGCAAGUUUAUGGAGCUACCAGUGACAAUGAGGCUGUUGAUAAUAACCAUGAUGUUAGUCCCAUAGCAACCGAAAAUGCUUCCAACUGCUUCCUUAAAUGUUUCAGUUCCUGGAAAUUAUCAUUACGCUUGAUGUGGCAUGAUUUCAAGGAGUGUUAUUCCAAAAACGAGCUGUUAAAAUGGUCUCUAUGGUGGGCCUUUGGCACAUGUGGUGAAUUCAUGGUCGAAAAUUAUGUCCAAAAUCUCUGGGACGACAUUUAUUCCGCACGCAAGCACAAGAUUUACAAUGGUGUUGUCACUGCCUUAUCUAACGUUUUUGGUGCUUCUGUUGCUCUUCUGUUAGGCUACCUCAAGGUAAACUGGUCAGUGUUUGGUGAGCUGGUUCUUGGCGUGGUCAGUGUCGCAGAUGCAUUCUUUCUGUACAUCAGUGCUCAUACUUCUAGCAUAUGGUUGGCAUACUCGAUGUAUAUUCUCUUUAGAAUGGCAUACACAUUUUUGGUUACCAUUGCAAGUUUCCAGAUCGCAAAGAAUGUUGGUAUGGACAGGUAUGCACUUGUGUUUGGGUGCAACAUGUUUGUCGCUCUACUAUUACAGACUAUUCUCACUGUUAUAGUGGUGGAUGAGAGAGGACUGGCACUAGAUAUAAUAACACAGUUUGUAGUAUAUGGUAGUUUCUUCUUCAUCCUCGGAGCAGUAUUCUUGGGUAAAGCAAUGUACACCAUGACAAGAAUAGGAUGGAGGACAUGUUGGAACCAACGAUAUGUGACAGACGAUAGGCAAGAGUUGAUUGAACAGUCUCAUGGGAAUGAUGGAGACACAGAAAGUAAUACAGACCAUCAUGGUGUCAGUACUGACCCUGGCCAUGAAAGUCAGAAUGCUGUUGUGUAAAUACUCUGUUGAACUAUUUUUAGAUGCUAGCAAGCUAUAGUAGAGAAGGCAUAAGGUCGAGAUGGAGGAAUGGUGAGCUUAUAAAAUACAAUGUAAUCACAUGGAAGUCCAUCUGUCCUAAGUGCUGCUCACCAAAGUUAAUAGAGGGGAAUGGUUAAGAAAAUCUAUUGUUAUAGGUUAUUGUUCACUUUUUUCAAGCGUGACCGUACACAAUCCUUUGUUUUACCAUUGUUUUACCAUUGUUGGCAAUGGCUGA